CUUCGGUACGAGUGUUUCUGCUAUUAGUUGGAGUGCUAUACGUCCAGCUAGUCUCCACCAGUCGCAUACCCAGAUCGCCAGACACCAUGGAGAUAGAGUUCCCUGACUACUCCUACCAUAGGGAGAGCAGCCAGGAGUUCAACGACCAGAGACAAGAUGAGGAGGAGUACUGGCAGGGGGAAGGGGAGAAGGGGCAGGGGCAGCUGGACAAGAUGGAGGAAGAAAGACAAGAAAACAGAGAGAACACCGAACAACAAUACGAAAACGACCGAGAAUAUUACGAAGGGGAACGAGACGCGUACAACAAAGAAGCUGGAGAGGAAUACGACAAAAACAAAGAAAAAUUAGACGAGCACAACAAAAACAACGAGGAACACCUCAACGAUAGAAACCUGGAUAACGAUAAAGCAAAUAAAACGGCGCAGGAGUAUAACGAUGAUAUGAAUAGUAAGGGAGAGAGGUAUGAGGGAAAGGGACAGGAGUAUACCGAUAAUAGGCGCGAUGACAUUGAAAAUUAUGAAAUGGAGGGAAAAGGACCCUCUGUUACUUACCAUUGAUUUUACUUUCGAAAUUGCAUUGUUAAAGUUUUUCGAUUAAUUGUUAUGUAAUAAAUAGUUACCCAUUAUAAUAAUGACUUGCAAUUUA